AUGGCAGUGGAACUUUCUUUGAAGAAACUGAAAGCACUUUUGAAUGGAAAUAAUUUAGAUUUAAGCAUGCGUCAGUUAGUGAAAAUACCAGUUAAAGCUUUGAGUAAGAUUCAACGUGCGACUCAUUUCGACUUUUCGAAUAACUUGAUAUCUGUAGUGCCAGUAGAGUUUUGCUCUCUAAUACAUGUUACUAAAUUGGAUCUCAGCAAGAAUCAAAUUGUUCAACUUCCUGAAGACUUUGGCAAAUUGAUCAACCUCGUUCAUCUUGACUUGUAUAAGAACAAUAUUAAGGAACUGCCAUUAUCUUUCGGUGAAUUAGUGUCAUUAAAAUGGCUAGAUCUGAAGGAUAAUCCAUUGCGAGCAGAGUUGUCGAAAGCAGCAGGUGAUUGUUCAGAUGACAAGGGUUGCAAACAAGCUGCUAUAAAUGUUGUACAGCUUAUGCAGCAUCGAGCUGCUAGGAAGGACCAACCUCGUGAACAACAAAAUAUGGUCGCAAAAAAAUUUCAGAACAGUGAAAAAACUAUUCAUGAACCAAUCGUUAACAGAGAUAAAAUUAAGAAGAAGAAACAGAAACUUCCAGAAUCGUUAAAUGAGCAAUUAGAAGUAGUGGCCAAGCAAAUUGAACGAAACGGUAACAAACUGCCAUCAAGUAUUUUCAAUAAUUAUUUCUUUGCGGUUUCAUCGUUGAUGGAGUCAUACAUUGAAUCUAUCGGUACGGCUUGGAGAGAACUCGGCGAACAAAAUGAUUUGAUUGCUUCUGCUAAAGGCUAUUUUCAUUCAAUUUAUAUGAAAGUGCUUUCGCUAGCCUUAUUAGUUCACGGUUAUGCAUUAUGUAAGCUUGAAGAUUUCAUGAUUUUUUACAAGCAAUAUGCAGCGGAAACUGUCAAUUAUUUUGUCUACUACAUAUGGCUUCUGUUAAGGAUAUUUGGCUUGAUUUUGGCUGACCUGAUAAUGUUUAUUGGCGGUGAGUUAUGCUUUCAUUGCACAUUUUGA